CCCGCGGGCCUCCGCUUCCGACGACUGGCCUAACUCUGGAAAACCCGCCACGGUCCUGCGCGGAGCAAGAUGGCUGCGCCGGGAGUGGAGGCGGAGCCGAGGGCGUGCUAGGCCCUACGCCCUUUCGGCCCUUGGAGAGGAUCUGACGGGUCCGAAGGAAACUCACGGUCCUAGCCAACAAAUGCUUAUUGCCUUUUCUUGCCGUGGUCAUGGGAAUGUCCUGAUAGCGUCUUUGAUCUGUUAGGCAACCCAGCAUUUCGUAGCCCUGAAUUGGAACUUCCCCGAGGACUGCUGAGUAAGCGCCGCCUCUGCGUUCCGACCGAGGCACUAGGCCAGUCAAGCAGGUCCCUGCGUCCCGACAGGUGCGACGCUGAGCACUCCAUGCCUGCGGGCGCGGGGAGGCGUGGCCUCCCCCAGGGCCACCACCUCUGCUGGUUGCUCUGCGCUUUCACUUUAAAGCUCUGCCAAGCAGAAGCUCCCGUGCGCGAGGAGAAACUUUCAGUGAGCACCUCAAAUUUGCCGUGCUGGCUGGUGGAAGAGUUUGUGGUGGCAGAAGAGUGUGCUCCAUGUUCUAAUUUCCAGGCUAAAACUACCCCUGAGUGCAGUUCCACAGGGUAUGUGGAGAAAAUCACAUGCAGCUCAUCUAAGAGGAAUGAGUUCAAGAGCUGCCGCUCAGCUCUGAUGGAACAACACUUAUUCUGGAAAUUCGAAGGGGCUGUUGUAGGUGUGGCCUUGGUCUUUGCUUGCCUGGUCAUCGUGCGUCAGCGACAACUGGACAGGAAGGCUCUGGAAAAGGUCCGGAAGCAAAUUGAGUCCAUAUAACUAACUUCUCCCCUUUUAUCGGGGUCUUAGAGACCCUACCUCAGAGAAAGGGGAAUGGACUGACUCGUGCCCCUGGUUCUCUGGAACCCUGUGGUGGCAUACCCUUCGCCCUUUCUCCUCAGCGAAAUCAGUAAAUGAAUAGAAUAAAAAGAGUAAAAUCA